GUCAUCAGAUAACAGAGCCGAUUUGUUCUACUUAAAUGGAUUUGAAUCUCUUUCUUUUUCUCUCAUUCAAAUCUUCUUCUAUUUCCAUUCUUCUCCACGUUCCUCUGUCGCUUCCAUCAUUCAAUUUCUUCAUCUCACACCGUCGCAGCCUUACGGCGGAGCCACACAACGACGUCGCCGGAAGACUCAAAAGGAGAGACGAGUCAAAUAAUACGCCGAAUGCUCGUAUACUCUUCUUUUCUCCAUUGACGAUCAAUGCGCAAUGAUUUCCUGAUGGUUCAAUUUGCAAUUUCUAGGGUUUUCUGAAUUUCAAUAAGAAGGCAGAAAUAAGAACUCAUGGCUACGAGCCGAAUCGCGAGUAGCAUGCGAGAGGCAUGGGAGACACCGGGGGAGGCGUUUCCGAGAAGCGGAAGGAUGGAGGAAGAGGAAGAAGAGUUGCGAUGGGCGGCGAUCGAGCGGCUUCCGACGUACGAACGGAUGAGGAAGGGGAUAAUCCGGCAGGUUAAGGAGAACGGAAGAAUGGUUGAGGAGGUGGUGGAUGUGACGGCGCUGGGAUAUGUGGAGAGGAAAGAACUGAUGGAAAGGAUUGUGAAAGUGGUUGAAGAAGAUAAUGAGAAAUUUCUGAGACGGAUGAGAGAAAGAACGGAUAGAGUAGGGAUUGAAAUCCCGAAAAUUGAAGUUCGUUUCGAGAAUUUGUCAGUUGAAGGAGACGUUCACGUUGGGAGCAGAGCUUUGCCGUCUCUGCUCAAUGUUACACUCAACACCUUUGAGAGCUUGCUUGGGUUGAUUGGGUUGGUUCCAUCCAAGAAAAGAAAAAUUCAUAUCCUUAAAGGUGUCGAGGGAAUUAUCAAACCUUCAAGGAUGACAUUACUUCUGGGUCCUCCAAGCUCUGGGAAAACUACCUUGUUGUUGGCACUUGCUGGGAAAGUCGACAAAAGUUUAAAGGAAAGUGGGAAAGUGACAUAUUGUGGCCAUGAAAUGCAUGAGUUUGUGCCUGAAAGAACCUGUGCUUAUAUCAGUCAACAUGAUCUUCACUGUGGAGAGAUGACAGUGAGAGAGACAUUAGAUUUCUCUGGUCGUUGCUUGGGAGUUGGGACAAGAUAUCAACUUAUGACUGAGCUCACAAGAAGAGAGAAACAAGCAGGCAUUAAACCAGACCCUGAGAUUGAUGCCUUCAUGAAGGCCAUCUCUGUUUCAGGCCAAAAAGCAAGUUUGGUCACAGAUUACGUUCUCAAGGUUAGCACUUUCGACUACUCUUCAUUUUUCUAAUACAUUUCUAUGCCUUUA